AUGGCAGGAUACCUUAACAAAUAUGGUUGUUGGUGGGCUAGGUCUUGUAAAGGGUAUGAUGUACCCAAAGACUCUUUAUGCCAACUAAACGUGGAAGUGAAUGUGGGUUUACCCCCUGAUGCAAUAUACACCAUUGUCAUUGAUAUAGACAAUAAGAGAGUCUUCAAGAACAUUCAAGAAGUUUUAUCCAUAAAGGUUUUGUUUGAUGAAGGUUCAAGAUGAAAUUCAAGCAAGCGAGACCAUGAUUUAUGAAAAGAUUUGAAGGAAACAGAAGGAUUGCAUCAAAGGCGACUUUAGAGCAACUUACUGAACCUGCAAUUUAUAUCAAAGAAAGAUGGGCGUUAAAAAGACAAAGAACAUGCAAAUCAAUGUAAAGAAAAAUUGUUUUUUGAGACAAUUGAGGUUUUGUCAAUGGCUCUAGUACCCGAUCUUGCAUAAAGGAUUCAAGAGCGCUAUAUUUGAUUAUAAGGACACUUCAAAGAAUGCACACCUUUGGGAUGGAAAACAAGGAUACCUAACAUUAUGACGCAAUAUCAAUAAUAAGAUCAUUAUGCAGCAUCAUGUAACAGCUUGGAAAGAGAAAAAAACCACACUAACAUUCGAUUUGAUGGUUCUCAAAAGGUUUUGCCAUUUUGGUUGAGCAUAUGUGGCUGUUUGUGUGUACGUGGCGGUUUAAAUCUAAAUUGUUUGGUUGUAUUUGUAGUUAGUAUCAGUUUUGAUGAAUAGACAACCGUAUAGAAUAAUUUUUGAUGAUAUAAUAUAUCUAUAAAAUUAAUGUAACUAUUAAAUUUAUAUUUACUAUAUUUUUAUUUAUUUUUAUGAAUAUUAUAAUUGGAAAAUUGGAUUUUGUUGAAUAUUUUUAUCAAUCUGAAUUUGCUUUGAAACAUAUUGCCACAGAACAAAUUGUUGUUGAACAAAUGGCUACAAAAUUUGCUACGCAACAGACGGCUACGGAAGUUGCUACGUAACAUACGGCUACGAAACUUGCUACGGAAUACACGGCUACGGAAUUUGCUACGGAGUAGACGGCUACGAAAUUUGCUACAGAGCAGACGGCUACAUAAUUUGCUACGAAACAGACAACUACGCAAUUUGCUACGGGACUCAAAUUGCAAUGAAAUAGAUGUCGUAGAAACUGUCAUAGCGAAAUUGC